AUGCAGCAGGCGGCCGUGGCCUCGUGCGAGCGCAAGCUGCAGUGGCUGCGGAUCCGCGCGAGGCAGAUCUCCGGGGAGAGGGACGCAGCCAGGCUGGAUCUGGAGGGAGCCGAGCGGCGCUGCCGGCAGCUCCUGCGGCAGCUGGAUGAGCAGCGUGCUGCCCACGAGGACAGCCAGGGCAGGCUCAGGAAAAUCCAGGCUGAAAUGAAGGCAAAAGACCUGCUUCUGCAGCAGGCCACCCAGCGUCAAGCCAAGCUGGAGGCCAGCGCGCAGCUCCUGCAGGACAGAGAGGCCAACCUGCAGGGAAGACUGAACCUCACGAUGAAGGAGAACACGCAGCUCCAAAACCAGGUCGUGAAGAUGUCUGAAAAACUGUCAGCCACUGAAAAGCUGGUGUUAGAGCUGCAGACAGAGCUUGACCUUGUUAGGAAGGACAAGGUGGCCUUUCUCUGUGUGAUGUGCCCGAGUAGACUCUUUUCAGCAACUCAUCAAAAAAGUGAUGUUUUUAUUUGCCAGAAAGUCCUGCGUGUGCCACGUCUGUUCUAGUUCCCUCUUUGCUUUGAAUUUCCCCAUGCCUUAAAAGACAGUCUGGAAAUAGUAACGGCUUUUAAGUUGGGAUGUUCAAAGAUCAAAAGAAAAAAAAAA